UCUGGCAGAGAUAGACACAGGGGCUUGGCUGAGGUGUGUCUUGAGCUGUUGGUGAGGUGGGGAUCUCUAUAGACCUUGUCACGAUUUGGAAGCCUUUUGUGCUGAGAGAAACACGGUCCUGCUCAUGGUGGGGUGACAGGCUGAUCCUCACCCACUCCUUGUGCUCUGCUUCCUUCCCCUUCCCUCUCUGCCAGGUGCACCUGCAGCCCCAAGCCAUGUCCUGCUACAGCCCGUGCCAGCCCUGCGGCCCCACCCCGCUGGCCAACAGCUGCAAUGAGCCCUGUGUCAGGCAGUGCCAGGACUCCACCGUGUUCAUCCAGCCCUCGCCUGUUGUGGUGACCCUGCCUGGACCCAUCCUCAGCUCCUUCCCACAGAACACUGCCGUGGGAUCCUCCACCUCUGCUGCUGUUGGCAACAUCCUCAGCACUCAGGGAGUGCCCAUCAGCUCUGGGGGCUUUGGCCUCUCGGGCUUGGGCAGUGGCCUCUGUGGCAUCAGGGGCCUCCCCUGCUAAAGCUGCUGGCCGUGCCCCUGGGGAAGGAACCCAGGCACUGCCAGCAUGGAACCGCCCUGGGGACGCAGCAGCGGCUUGUUGCUUCCUGAGGGGCUGAGCAAGCCCAGCAGCCCUUGCAGAAGGACAGGGCCAGCCUGGGCUCUUGGCAAGCACAGCCCAGCCCUGCCUCUGCCCUCUGCCGCUGCCUCCUUUCCCUCCUGUGUCCUUGUCCCCUUGUGCUCCCCUGGGCUGUGAGCCCCACACAGCCGUCCUGGGGAGGACCUGC